AGUUUUACAAAUUCGAAGUGAAAUGAGUUAUUUCUGCUUAAAGAAAACAAAUCUCCUUCGUGCUUUAAAACACAAACUCAAAACCCUAAAUUCAGCGCCGAUUCUUCAAUACAUCUCUGCAGGAAGUUAGGGCAAAGCAGAAGCAAAAAUGAGCCGUGGAGCAGCCGCAUCCGGUGGCCCCAAGGGGAAGAAGAAGGGUGUGACCUUCGUUAUCGAUUGCGCGAAGCCAGUUGAGGACAAGAUCAUGGACAUCGCCUCAUUGGAGAAAUUUCUUCUCGAGAGGAUCAAGGUCGGCGGUAAAGCUGGAGCACUUGGUGACUCUGUUACUGUCACUAGGGACAAGAACAAGAUCACCGUCAACUCCGACAGCAAUUUCUCCAAGAGGUAUCUCAAAUAUUUGACUAAGAAGUAUUUGAAGAAACACAAUGUUAGAGAUUGGCUUCGGGUUAUUGCUUCGAACAAGGACCGCAAUGUCUAUGAAUUGAGAUACUUCAACAUUGCCGAGAAUGAGGGUGAGGAAGAAGACUGAAGUUGAAGUCUUUAUAUUUUGGAAGCAUUGUUUGCAGUAGGAUUAGCUAUAUUUCCAUACCUUAUCUCGAAGCGUUUUCCAUAUAGAACAUAUAGCAAGGGGAUUGCCUGAGUUCUGAGAUGAUGCAACUCUUGUUUAUUUCUGAAGUUUUAAUAUCUAUAAGUUUUGCUCUCGUA